AUGGGAUUGGCUACUUGUUAUAACAAGCUCAGGCAGGCUGUAAUUGGGGACACAGCCGAACGGAGAGUCAUAGUGGGGACCCAGGACGGGAUUUUGUCUCUCUACUCCUGGCCUCCCCUAACUCCAGGACUUCCCUCCCUCUCUCCGACAGCACAUUUUACAGAUUCGACUCCGGAUUUGUUGAGCAGCUCCUCACAGGCAAAAUUGAUCUCUAGCAAAAUGUCCCCCCGGCAAAUAGCAGCCAUGCUUAUUCAAACUGGUAUCAAGGACAUCACUUCCGAGCUCGAUUUUAAACGCUGCAGCUAUCGAUCAUUUGCGCAUGGAGGAUUUGGUUCAGUAUAUCAUGGUGCACUACGGGAUGGACAACUAGUAGCCAUAAAAUGUAUUGAGAUGAUAGGCCAGUGGGGUGCUUGGAGUCCGAGUGAUAAGCACUGGAAACACGCUGCCCACGAAAUAUAUGCUUGGUCAAAGUGUGACCACCCCGGAGUCAUGAAAGCUAUAGGUUUUGUCUUUUAUAAAGAUGCAAUCCUGCUUGUCUCUCCUUGGGCACAAAAUGGCUCAUUGGCACGUUACCUCGGGAACGGCUUGGUUUGUGACAAAUUGCGAUUUUGCAUUGAGGUGGCCAGCUCAUUAGAAUAUUUACAUGGUAUAGGAAUUGUACACGGCGACGUAAAAGCAGAGAACGUUAUCAUCUCGGAUAGUGGGAGUACUCAGCUUGUGGAUUUUGGCAGUGCUACAUUCAUUCACAGUUUUACUCUGCGCUUCACCAGGACCUCAAGUUCACUCCCAUUUAGUGCACAAUUCACAAAAAAAACCAAGGCACCGGAGAUCUUGGAUGGAACCAACGACAAGUAUACGGUCGAAACCGAUAUAUAUGCACUAGGAAUGACAAUUCUUCAAAUCGCAACAGGAGAGCCCCCGUAUGCUGGGAAAUCGGAUCUCGCAGUUUUGUCACAUGUUUUUCGUAACAUACUUCCCCAUCGUCCCGAUUUCGACGAUAUAAUUAGCGAUCAGCCGGAAAAGGAUAAGCUAUGGAACUUGCUUAUUCGAUGCUGGGAGCAAGACCCAAAGCUCCGGCCAACAGCAACCGAAGUAAAAGAUGCUCUCAUCGAAAUCAAGGAGAUGUCUAUCGCUCAACCCGAGUGCUCUUUGAAUAGUAAUCGAGUCAUUGGCAGACGUGCAUGA